AUACGAAGUGUAUAUCCAAAAAUUGAUUUUCAACAAUAUAUGGCAACUUGGGAUAACGUCUUUACGCCUGUUUCACCUAUUAUUGCUAACUGUAACAUUGUAAUUAUGUGGUCACAUGCCUUGAAUGAAAAAGAUGCUCGAGAGGCAAAUAAUGGUACAUGGAGUCCAAAUCAUUUUGUUCCACUCAUUUCAUCAGCUAUUCAUAAUGAUUCUAACAAUGGUAAUUAA